CCAUACGGCCAGCACUAACAACCAAUCAGCUGAUACCAUUCCACGAGUGGGUGGGAUAUGCGACUCAUGAAUAUCCAACAAGCGUGCUCGGUGGGUUUAGGGAGCGAGGGGUCUGUGUAGUGUUGUUUUUGCGUACGAGCGCGUUGAUAUUGACAAAACAGGCCUGAAAGCUGCAACAGUAGUGGAAACAGCUUCGAACCGCGUUCCGUUUGAGUCUGUUGUUUCCCGGUGCAGGAGGCGGCUUUCGGUAACGCUAUCGCUUAGAAACAUCGUCCCGCUCUGCUCCGAGGUUGGCACGGAACAAUGCCUGGCAAAGCCGCGGUGACAGUGACGUUACAGCCCAGCCGUAACGCUGUUACGGCGGCUCCGCAGAAAUCCUGCCCUUUCGUUUUAAAGAAGAUCAUGGACAUUCCGCCUCCGAACAUCCUGGAGGAAGGCGACGACGAAAUAGAGAAGGAGAAGCUUUGCACCUCUGAGGAUGUGGAGGGAAGUGGGGCUGGGGCAGCCAGUGCUGGUGGAGGCAGUGGUGGUGGAGGGGUAUCAGCCUCCUUGACCCCAGCAAUUUGGGAGAAGACCAUUCCCUACGACGGGGAGACCUUCCACUUGGAGUACAUGGACCUGGAUGAAUUCCUCCUGGAGAAUGGGAUUCCUGUUACCCUGGAGGAGGAGGAGCUGCAGAAGACUCUCACUUCAGCGGUGGGCAAAGGCAAAGCCAUCCCCAAGGUUACUGCUACAGCUACUACUACUACUACUACAACUGCUCCUCCACCUCCCGCUGCUGCUGCUGCUGCUGCAGCCUCAGUCUCUGCCUCAGCAUCUUCCCCCUCUAUGGCCGCCACGACCACGGUCACCUCAGAUCCAGAGGAAACUGUGACAGUCACUACUUUACAACCAGCUAAACUAGUAGAAGAAGAAGAAGAAGAAGAAGAAGAGGAGGAGGAGGAAGAAGAGGGACAAGAAGAGGACACUUUGUCUGAGGAGGCAACACAGAAAAUGGAAGCGAAAGAGAAGAAAACAGAUAGUAACCCUGCAGAACGCAACACACCCUCCCCCAUCGACCCAGAUGCUAUUGAGGUAGAUGUGAAUUUCCAGCCAGAUCCUACAGACCUGGUCCUGUCCAGUGUGCCAGGGGGAGAGCUGUUCAACCCUCGCAAACACAAGUUCUCUGAGGAUGAGCUGAAACCACAGCCUAUGAUCAAGAAGGCCAAGAAGGUGUUUGUUCCAGAUGAGCAGAAGGAUGAGAAAUACUGGUCCAGGAGAAAGAAGAACAAUGUGGCAGCAAAGCGUUCUCGUGACGCACGGCGGCUGAAGGAGAACCAGAUCACCGUGCGCGCCUCCUUCCUGGAGCGAGAAAAUGCGGCGCUGCGGCAGCAAGUGGCCGAGCUGCGGAAGGACUGCGGUCGCUGCAAGAACAUUCUGGCCCGAUACGAGGCAAAGUACGGCCCGCUGUAAAGACCUCAGAAUAAAACCAACAAAGUAUCAGUGAGACAAAAAGCAGAACUCCCUUCCCCGCAGAAUUCAACACAAACACAAACACCAAGGGAAUCUAAAUUUGCACUGUUGUCUUUACUGACCUCCAGUUACUGUGUCGAGCUUUGAGUUUUGGAUACACUCUGGCAGGCAGUGAGGCAUGAUGGGAGCGGUGGUCACAGGAAGGCCUGUGGAGAGCGCCUGGCUCCUACACUGAGAGAGGAAGGGGACAGUUGUGGAUACUCCCAUGGUCAAACACACAUGGAAAAUAUGUUCUGUCUGGUUUCAACAAAGUCAGGAAAUACGGAAAGAACAGACAGGUACAAAAGAAUCACCGGCUUUUAAAUACUAUGAGAAUCAGUUUUUAUCACUGCACAGCACUUCUUCUUAGUGGACCAAAGCAGGAGUAAGAAGUUGUGUAUUUAGAAUGGUACACACUUGCCGUCCCUCACAUUUCCUUGUGUUGUACUUAUGUUAGUGUCUGCUGUGUUUGUACUUUCUUUAAAAUAUUCUGGCUAAGUCUCAGAAGAAGGGUGUUGAUGAGGAAGGAGAGGAACAGAUGAUGCAAGGAGCAGGAGACGCUCAUAGUUGUUUCUUCCAGGCUGAGGAGGAAGGAAGUGAAGACCUCAGGUUGGCCGAGGAGAAGAGGAUUAGAGUCUGUUAGAGGUGCAGUUUUAGUCACAGUUCUUCCUUCUUGUAAGCUACAUGCACGCCUCUGCACACCUAAACUCUCUUUAAACUGUUUAUAUAUAGUCUCCCUGCACCAGAGAUAUGUGCGUGUAAUAGUGUGUAAUCCAUUUUUGCACUUUUUUCUGAAAAAAAAAAAAAAAGGCAAAAAAAACACAGUAGGUAAACACAGUGGGAGACACUGUAGCUUGUUAGGAAAAAGAAACAUGCAUGGCCUACACUUUAAAGCUACAUAAUUUCCUUUUCUACUAACCUCAGAGCCCACAUGAGAUUUCGUUAAAGAAAGCAGAUUUUGGGUUUCCACAAAAGAUGAUUUUAUAUGUGGAGAGAGAGAGAGAAAAAUAGUUUUUUUCUGCAGGCUAUUGUUGAAGGUAUUUGUCUGAUGAGCUGAUGUUUAUUUUACUGCACACUGCAGGUAGAGGGCGCUACAGCCACUGCCUGCCUGAUCGUUGUGUAGUGUGGGCUGGAUUGCCUUUUUUUUUGGUCAGAAUUUAGGCAGGGCCACAGUUGACUGCUUCUAAACCUUGUAAAUAAAUGACUGUAUUUCCUGAGACAGGGAUCUGACUGUGUCUUUAUUAACCCAGUACUAUUCCUUAUAUUUGCCAAAUAGUCAAUGAGUGCUGUAUUUAUUCUGAUGGUAAUAAUGCAUCUGUUGAUUGUGAUGUACAACAUGUCAGAUAAUUCUAUUUCCUUUGAGGAACAAUACUUCUAAUGAAACCAGUGCAGGGAAUUCAAUGGGUAAACUGUGCUUUGUUUAGAAACAGAUUUAUAUAGUUUUAUGGGAUUUUGUUUUUCUCUAUAUACAUACAGUAUGUGUCUGAACACAGAGGACAGGACACACUCUUAUUUACCUCAUCCAGCACUUCUUAUUUUCAAUGGGUAACAGUUCAGCAGGGCUACAAAACGGUGUUGGUUGAAACAGAGAGCACAUAAAAAGCAGCUUGGCUCCACUUGGCAAAACCUUAAGUCCGAGUUGAUAAAUUGAGCUGUUUUUGCCAAAGUGGCUGAGUCUGUGUCUAAAUUAGUAAAUACAUUAUAGACUGUUAUUGGACUCUAUGUCUCAAGUGUCUCUGGCUGAUGCAGAUUCUGUGAUUGGUCGGUUUGAGCUCAUUAUCGCCGUAAUCUUGGGAAGAAAAGAAAUGUGGCAAUAACACUAUAAUGUGUAAUGCUUGUUUGAUUUCAGUAAUGAUGUUGUAUGUAAAAAUGCUAUGAUGUACUAAAUGCCCCAAAGUCAUUUGUGCUUCCAGUUUAGAUCCUCUGUAGUCGAGGAUCCUAAUGCAUGAAACCCAGUAAACUUGUCUUUUUUUCUUUCAUAUUUCACACCAAGUGUACUUAUGUCUGUAAACCAUCACUGAAAACUAGAUAUGUUUUUGGAUGGGUAGGUUGAUGGUGUAUUGUGCAGUUCUGUCAAGAGAAAACGCAGAACAUCUUUGUCGUAUUCAUGAUUUGCUUAACAGCGCCACCUAUCCAUGUGCAGCCAGUGCUUGACCUUGAGGCGAACAUCAGCUGAAAACAGCAUCUUUUGAUCACUGUGUGGAUUGUUUUCUAUUUACUAAAGAUUGAUCUAUAUCUAGAUACACUGGAUCAGUUAGUGAUUUUGUGUUUUCUUGAUUGACUCUGUGUUUAAAUUUCCUGAUAGUAUAGUAUAACACACAUUUCUUAGCAGUGUGUUUUAUUUUGCAUUGACAUUCAAACUUGAGAUUGACUGCAUUAUGCCGUUUGUACAUAUAUGUAGUUGAUGAAUGCAAAUUUCUGGUUAUUUUGUAACUAAAUUAAAACUUGACUAAAGGUAGGCUACUUGCCAAGAGAGCCUUUUAGAAGACAACGAAUCAGUAUUGUUUUUAGUACUGCAUACAGUAUGUAGCAAUUACUCUCUCUAGCUCAUUUUUGGAAAGGAAAAUAAUAUUGGCUGUGAUUUAGAUCUGCAGAUGUAGACGCAUCUGUUGCCACAUACGGACAAAGAUAAAUAUAGCUGCUGCAAUUUAAAAAGAUACAAAAAAACUGUUGUUUUUUUUGUUGUUCUACUGAUUUCUCCUGUUUGCUUAAAAAAAUAACAAAAAUUCAACAUGAUUGCUUCACAGUGGCCGUCAGUAACCACGGCCUCCGUGGUUCACUUGAGCUUAAAAUGGAGCAUUUUCAGACAUCUUAGACAAUUAUCAGAAAAUUGAUCAUGGAGGCAUUAACUGACUAAUCCAGAAUGAUUCAUUUAAACAACAGAAAUGUUCAUAAAAUCUGAUGCAGGUUUACAGUUUUAAGGUUUAAGGAUUUAAGUUCAAAAUGUAAAAUAAUGUAUUUCGUAAAUGAAACGUAUUUAAAAAAAAAAAAAAAUCCUGCAGUGUCAACAUUGCAUGCAGGUGGCACACAGGUGAACAUGCUAUUGUUUUCUUUAUCUGUAGAUGGUGCAAAUUAGCAUCUACAUCUGGAGGCCUACACUGCUGUUAGAAACAGUUGUCACUUGCUUUGGGUGCUUUGCAUCAAUGACACUAUGUCCUUGUUUACUAUCCAUAGUAGCUGUAAUACUCCUGGAAAAAUACUUAAAAUAUUUUUAAAGUUUUGUUGUUUUUUGUGGUGUUUUGCUUUAUUUUCUCUUUUUAUAUAAACGUAUGUUUGGUGUUUUUGUAUUGUCCUAAUCAUGUAUACGAUACAUGCAACUGCAGUAUCCUGUCCUAACUGUAUCUUGUAUCAUGCAUAUGAAAUAAAUUGGGAUUUAAUCAUA